AUGUUACAGACUUCCGAAGCAAAAAGUUGCGCACGAAAUCAGCAGCUGAGGGCGGAGCUCAAGCGAACACGGCGUGAGCUGAUGAGCCAAUUCAAUACCCUGAAUUUCCGUGCAAGACAAGUCGCUACUAGCGGAAACCAGCCAAUCAACAACGAUAAUGCAAAUAGUGAGAACGCACACAACAAUGGUGAAAGCAGCAACAGUAACAACAGCGAUAAUCGUCCCGCAGAAUUGAUAGACGGUCCGAAAUCGCUCAGAAUACUCUAG